UGCGGAGCCGCCGGGCGCUGGGAGCAGCCGGCAGCCCCCGGCGAGCCGCGGCCCCGGGCCCCCGCCGCCCCCGCCCCGCCGCCCGGCCCCCCCUCCCGCCGCCCCCGGCGGGCCCGGGGGCGCCGCCGCCGCCGCCCCACGCUGGCGCAGAGGCCCGGGCCCGGGCCCGCCUCGCCGCUGAGGAUGUCCCGGAAGGCGCCGCGGGCGGAGGUGUGCGCCGACUGCAGCGCCCCAGACCCCGGCUGGGCCUCCAUCAACCGCGGGGUGCUGAUCUGCGACGAGUGCUGCAGCGUGCACCGCAGCCUGGGCCGCCACAUCUCCAUCGUCAAGCACCUGCGCCACAGCCCCUGGCCCGCCACCCUGCUCCAGAUGGUGCACACCUUGGCGAGCAACGGGGCCAACUCCAUCUGGGAGCACUCGCUGCUGGAUCCUGCCCAGGUGCAGAGCGGGCGCCGGAAGGCAAAUCCCCAGGACAAAGUGCACCCCACCAAGUCAGAGUUCAUCCGCGCCAAGUACCAGAUGCUGGCCUUCGUCCACAAGCUGCCCUGCCGGGAUGACGAUGGUGUCACUGCCAAGGACCUCAGCAAGCAAUUGCACUCGAGCGUGCGGACGGGCAACCUGGAGACCUGCCUGCGCCUGCUCUCACUGGGCGCCCAGGCCAACUUCUUCCACCCGGAGAAGGGCACCACACCACUGCACGUGGCUGCCAAAGCCGGGCAGAUCCUGCAGGCAGAGCUGCUGGUGGUUUAUGGCGCUGACCCUGGGGCACCUGACGUGAAUGGCCGGACCCCCAUUGACUAUGCCAGGCAGGCAGCCCAGCACGAGCUGGCGGAGCGGCUGGUGGAGUGCCAGUAUGAGCUGACUGACCGGCUGGCCUUCUACCUCUGCGGCAGGAAACCGGACCACAAGAACGGGCACUACAUCAUCCCACAAAUGGCCGACAGCCUGGACCUCUCUGAGCUGGCCAAGGCUGCCAAGAAGAAGCUGCAGGCGCUCAGCAACCGCCUCUUUGAGGAGCUGGCCAUGGACGUCUACGACGAGGUGGAUCGCCGGGAGAACGACGCGGUCUGGCUGACCACACAGAACCACAGCACGCUGGUGACGGAGCGCAGCGCUGUCCCCUUCCUCCCUGUCAACCCCGAGUACUCAGCCACUCGCAACCAGGGCCGGCAGAAGCUGGCCAGGUUCAAUGCCAGGGAGUUUGCCACCUUGCUCAUUGACAUCCUUGGGGAAGCCAAGCGCCGGCAGCAAGGGAAGAGUCUGCUGAGCCCUACAGACGCCCUUGACUACUCGCUGCGGAGUCAGAGUGACCUGGACGACCAGCACGACUACGACAGCGUUGCCUCUGACGAGGACACGGACCAGGAGCUGCUGCGCAACGCCUCCCGCAACAACCGUGCCAGGAGCAUGGACUCCUCUGACCUCUCGGAUGGCCCCAUCACACUGCAGGAGUACCUGGAGGUGAAGAAGGCUCUGGCUGCCUCCGAGGCCAAGGUGCAGCAGCUGAUGAAGGUGAACAACAGCCUGAGCGACGAGCUGCGCCGGCUGCAGCGCGAGAUCCACAAGCUGCAGGCAGAGAACACUCAGAUCCGGCAGCAGACGGGCCCUGCCCACCCCACCCCGACCCCCAGCGAGCGGCAGGAGCACGGGCACCCCCCUGGCACGGCCACCCCCCACCGCCGGGACCGCCAGGCUUUCUCCAUGUACGAGCCGGGCUCGGCACUGAAACCCUUCGGGCAGCCAGUGGAGGAGCUGGUGACACGGCUGCAGCCCUUUGGUGCUGGCAUGCGGAAAGGUCCAUCUGCCUCCUCGGUGCCCUUUCCCCCAUCCUCCCCACUGCUCUCCUGCCCGCCUGAAAGUGCCCGGCACAUGAGCAAGCUGGACCGACACGGCAGCGGCACCGACAGCGACUAUGACAACACGCAGGCGGGUGAGGUCCUGAUCAGCAUGGAGGGGAAGCGGUUUGUGGAGCUGAGCAAGGAUGAGGACUUUCCCCAUGAGCUGGACCCACUGGAUGGGGAGCUGGACCCUGGGCUGCCCAGCACCGAGGAUGUCAUCCUGAAAACUGAGCAGGUCACCAAGAACAUCCAGGAGCUGCUGCGGGCAGCACAGGAGUCUAAGCACGACAGCUUUGUGCCCUGCUCAGAGAAGAUCCACUCGGCUGUGACAGAGAUGGCAUCACUCUUCCCCAAGAAGCCAGCGCUGGAGACUGUGCGGAGCUCCCUGCGGCUGCUGAACGCCAGCGCCUACCGGCUGCAGAGCGAGUGCCGCAAGACUGUGCCCCCUGAGCCGGGUGCUGCUGUGGACUACCAGCUCCUGACCCAGCAGGUCAUCCAGUGUGCCUACGACAUCGCCAAGGCCGCCAAGCAGCUGGUCACCAUCACCACCCGUGAGAAGAAGCAGUGAGCACGAGUCCAUGUCCCCCUGCACUCCCCUGGCCCCCCACGCUCUCUGUGUCUCCCUCCCCUCCGGCAGCAGCUGGCACCUGGGGUGAGCGUGGCUGCAAGUGGCCUUAGCCCGUGGGGGGUUGGGAUGUGGGGUGAGCCCUCCCCUAGCCCCCCGCACCGCCAAGGAAGCUGGUGCUCAGCCUGUGGGGUAGGUGCCCAUGUUCCCCUGUACAGACCCCUGCCCGACCCCCCCUCAGCCCACCCCGCGGCACCCCCUAACUUAUCCUGUAUAUAGCCUGUGUAGCUGGCAGUGGUGGCAGUGUACCCCCUGCCCCCCCAAAGCCCCUCACUGGGUGGCCGGUACCCCCGGGGCCACCAGCAGCGUUAACACUGGACCUGGGCGCCCGCGGAACCCCCCCCCCCUCCCCGGGCGUCCUGCCCCUCACUGGGGCCACGCUCCCUACUGUAAGAUGUGUCCUUGUACAUUUGUAUCAAUAAAGGUGUGAGCAUCGCA